UCUGAAUCAUGGCUGCCGAAGCAUCUGAAAAUCUCAUGCCUAUUGUCAGUAAGCUUUUCUGUUCUUCUUCUCUGACAGCAUUUGUGGUUCGCAGAAGACCUCAUGCAAUCAAUGGAGGUGGACUUGUCGUCACUGAUUGUAGCUUGCAGAAGGUUGCUUUUAGGGUUGAUGGCUGUGGAGUGCUUGGAGCAAAGGGAGAGCUUGUUGUUAGAGAUGGUGAUGGAUCCUCAGUACUUUACAUAAAUAAGAAGCAAGGAAUCAUCGAGGCAAUGAGCAGUUGCAGCAAGUGGAAUGGACAUGUAAUGGAAGUUGAUGGAGUUAAGGAGAAAAUAUUUAGACUAAUUGAUUCAAAGCCAUUCUUCGCUCGGUGUAACGCAACGAAGAUAUACAUUGAACCUAAGAGGAUUAACAAUAAGGAGUAUUGCUUUGAAGUCAUUGGCUCAUUUCCUCAACGAAAUUGCAUCAUAACAGCUCCCAAAGGGAUUAUUGUUGCUCAGGUUGGAUUGAAGGAGAUGAAUGGAAGCAAGGAUUUAUACUCUGUAGUGGUGCACCCCGGCUUUGACCAAGCAUUUGUAAUAGGGGUGAUUGCAAUCUUAGACUACUUAAAUGGCGAAUCAACAGCUUGUUGAUUAUGUCUUUUGUUUCCCU